ACGUUCCGUCCACGACGCCUCCUACCAGCGGCUCUCCCAGCCCCACCCCUCCCUCCUCCCUUCAUCUGAAACCAGCCAACCAGAGGAGGGGGCGGGACAACGAGGGUCCAAAGUUGUCACAUCACGAGGUGCGGCAGAUUGAGGUGGAGCUGGUAACCCCUGACUCCCGUGGCUCCACCCCCAAGACAGGCAUCAUCCGCCGAACCAUCAAAUACUCUGAGACAGAUCUUGACGCCGUUCCACUGCGGUGCUACAGGGAGACCGACCUGGACGAGGUGAUGCGGGCGGAGGCCGAGGCAGCCGAGGAGGUGGACUCGGCCUUUGGGAGUAACCGCAGUGUCUUGGGAAACUCCAGCUUCAGCCCCGCCGAGGCUUCGCCAAAACCCCGGACAGGUGUGGGGAAGGUGGAGGAAGAUGGGGAGGAGGAGGAGGAUGAGGAAGAGGAGGAGGAGGAGGAAGAGGAGGGAGUGGUGAGCUGGGCCAGUGUGCGGAUGCUGGGAGACAGACAGAGACAAAGAGCUACCGAGGAGGAGGACGAGGUGUUCAGUCUGCUGCUGAAGGGGUGAGAGCUCCAACACUUACAUCAGUGUGUGUGUCACUGAGUCUAAACACACGUGUCAUGUCUGUGUUCACAUUUAACUCAGCCAGGAACUCAGUUUUGACG